AUGAACAGUAAGCCAAUGGUGAGCACUUGGAGAUUGAAACAACUGAAAACGGAUGAGUUCUUGGCAAAAAACCAGAAACAAGAUCUGGAGAAUGGAAAGGAGUUUGAGUUGUGGGGCCAAGAUUGCGAUUGCAUCAGAAACCAAUGAGAUUGGGAUGCUCUAAUUCCUGAAGAUCCACUUUACAUCGAUGGUGAAAUCAGGCAUGUCAGACAGAAUAAGUUUUCAAUUGGGAACUACUCUGCUUUUCGAAAGAACGACUUAACAGAUUAUGGCUCAAACACUAGAAGCCAUCAAAGGUGGUGGUGGAUCCAUAAAAGUUGGAACCACCGGCACCAUCAAUGCGUUAAUGUCAAGGGAACUACAAUCAGUCAAAGUUCCAUCUCCAAAAACAACCUUGGAACAACCUAACAAUGCUGCCAUGGAUUCAAAACCGAAACCAAAAGUACAAACAGAGGAAGCAACCGCCAGUUGCAGUGGUGGCACCACCGCGAAUGAGAAAGAAACCGGUGGUGGUUCCCGGAAACCGAAGCAUCACCAUGCCAGAACGGCUAGCCGGAAUCCUUUUCUCCGGUCUGACAGUGGGGAUGGAAAUGGAACUUCGGGUAGAAAGAAGAAUGACAAAAAGGCGUCUUGCAUUGUUGAAAUUGUGGAUGUAAAAUGUGGAGUGCCCGAUAAGUCGUGGGCAAAUCCGAUUACAAAUAAGUUCAAGAAACUUAGUUUCUCAAAGCUUUCGGUGUAAUGGAUUUAGCAAUAAACAAAUUACAAAAAUUUAUCGAGUAAAUUAGAUUUUGCAAUUUCAGUCCUAUUUCAAUUUUGGUCCCUUAUUUAAGGUUCUUUAACGUUUCUUGGUUCAUAUUCCUAGUAAAAUGAUCAUUUUGGGCCGUUGAAUACAAAUGUUUUUUUGUACUUUUUGUCUCGAAAAUAUUCAUUACUUGGACUGGGGACAAAAAAAGAGUAAAAGAAUCUCAAAUAAGGACCAAAAUUGCAAGAGAAAAUAUUGAGACUAAAAUUGAAAAAACUAGCUAUACUCGGGGACAAAAAUGUUUUACUCCAGUUUAUCCGUGUUAUUUUAAAUCAUGGAAGGGAUAUGAUAAGGGGCUUUUGUUGGCUACUUGUUUUUUUGUUUAUUUAUGCAAAAAUAUAUCAAAUUCUCCUUGUGUGGAAGGAAAUCAUUAGAAAGAUGUGAGAACAUGUCAUGUGGAGUUGUGAACAUGAAGCCAAAAACAUGUUGUCUCCAUUAUGAGUUAUGGCAAUUGGCUUUUUGUGUGUUUUCGUAAAAUUGCUUUUUGUACUUGAUUGAAUCUUUGACCAAAG